GAACUUGAUUCUAUAUCCUCGCAAUUCUCAAAAGUUAAAGGUGUUCCACGUGCGUGAUAUGGUGUACAAAAUUUGUUGAUAUUAUUUUGUGAAGUAAUUAAGUCAAUUAAUAUUAGUCACUGACAGUUCGAUUUAUUCCAAAAUGCAACACGACGACGUUGUAUGGAGUAUAAUCAACAAAUCCUUCUGUUCCUUCAAAGUAAACACAAAGACCCAAAGGUUUUGCAGAAAUGAAUACAAUCUUACAGGACUCUGUAGUCGUGCAUCUUGCCCACUGGCAAACAGUCAGUAUGCUACUGUACGAGAAGAAAAUGGUAUUAUCUACCUAUUCAUGAAAACAGCAGAAAGAGUUGCAUUCCCAAAAAACAUGUGGGAAAAAGUAAAAUUGUCAAGGAACUUUGAAAAAGCGAUUUACCAAAUCAAUGAGAAUUUGCUAUAUUGGCCUGGAUUUCUCAAGUCCAAAUGUAAGCAAAGGUUCAUCAAAAUUACACAGUAUCUUAUACGAAUGAGGAAACUCAGACUUAGAAGGCAGAAAAAACUUGUACCUCUUCAAAGAAAGAUUGAAAGGAGAGAAAAACGUAGAGAAGAGAAGGCUCUCAUAGCAGCUAAACUUGAUACAGCAAUUGAAAAACAACUUAUGGCGAGAUUGAAACAAGGAAUGUACAACGACAUUUAUAACUUCCCCCAAAAAGUAUUUGACAAAGCUAUUGAAGAAGUUGAAGUUGAGGGAGAAAGUGAAGCUGAAAGUGAGGAUGAGAAAGAAGAUGAAGUUGAGCGGGAGGUGGAAAUGGAAUUAGAGGCUGAUGAAAGGGAAGCUAAUCGUCCGGAAUUUAUUGCUGCUGAUAGUGAUGAAGAUGAUGAUAUUGAAGAAGCUUCUCAGAGUGAUGAAAGUGACUCAGGACACAGAGAAGAAGUGCAACUUUCGGAUAGCUUUCAAUCAGAUGCAUCAGAUAUUGAGGAUGCUACACCUUCAACUAGUAAAAAGUCUAGUAAAACUAAAUCCGUCAAAUCAGAUAAACCUGAUAAGAAAGCAAAACGAAGACCCAGGGUGGAAAUUGAAUAUGAAGUCGAGGAUGAACCGCGGCAACGAGUGCGAGCUUAGAAUUUCGAUAAUGCAACCACAUACUAUAUUUGUAAUAAAUCUAUCUGCUAAAAGCUUA